AUGAAGUCCGCCGUGGCUACCGCCGUCUUCCUCUCCCACCUUGCCUCCUUCGUGAACGCGGCCUAUGUCGCCCAGAUGGAUAUUGCCAGCUGCGCCGAUUUACAGAGCGCGGCGGGCGCGCUGUCGGGAGGAAAUAUCGAGGGAGUGCUGGUCGAGUCCGAGAUCACGUGCGAUGACUGGACGACGGUGGAGAUCAGCCAGAACAAGCUCAAGCUGACCGGCCAGGCCACCACGUUCACCAGCGUUCGUUUCGUCGUCGCUGAUGGCGCAAUCCUUCGAGUGGACACGGCCGUCGAGUUCACCGGUGACCAAGAGAGACGCCAAGGAGACGGGCUCGCACCCGCCUUCCUCGAGGCAGUGAACGGGGGCGUGCUUAACGUGGCCCCGGAGGGCUAUGCGCGUUUCCUCGACUCCGUGAAGAUGUACAGCGUCGGGGUGAACACCGUCGAAGACGACACCAUGCAACACGGGGGGUGCAUCUACAACGAGGGAUACGUCAGAUUUGAGGGCACGUUCACCGCCGACGCGUGCAGGGUUGGGUCGACGGCAGAAAAGUACCCGGGAAACGGCGGGGCCCUGUGGAAUGGACCCGACGCGAAGGUGGUCUUCAAGGAAGCGGUGGAGAUGACAAACUGCUACGGCAAGAAGACCGAGGACUACAACGGCAGGUACACAGGUCUCGAAGGCGGCGCAGUUUACACCGAGGGCAAGAUUUCUUUCUAUGAAGACGCUGUCUUCACGGACAACGAAGGAGAUGAAGGAGGGGCCAUGUGGAUCGGCGUCACCGCUGUCGUGAAGUUUCUCAAGAGGUCCAAGGCCACCUUCGCCCGGAACACGUCCGAGAACCGGGGGGGGCACAUCAUGAACGAGGGCGUCCUCGUGAUGAGGAACACGGCCGUGUUCGAAGACGGGGUCUCCGGCAGCAGCGGCGGCGCGAUCAACGCCGGGGAUGUCUCGGAGAUGGUGUUCAUCAAACACGUCGACUUCAUCGGAAACUCUGCCGACGCCCACGGCGGAGCGAUCGCCACGACCUACCCCAACAUCGAGUUCCUUCCGCAGGACGCUACCUACGAGGGGAACGUUCUGCAGAACGCCGACUACGACUACGUCUGCCCCGACGUGUACGUGAACGGGAGCGAGGACGGCGGGGAAGACGGCUACAUCUGCCUCCCAUAAGAAUGCCAGGCAGCUUGUCAAGCAGUCCAUGAUCAUCGUGAAGAUGCUUGAUAACGACUCCUGAUCGUUUCAUGGCGAAAGGGUGGCGGCGUCACACCCAGAGUGCAAGCCCGAAAAUGGUGUACCGACACCCUCGCCUUGCCGCAGACCUCAUGAGUUUGCACUUGGUUUUGUGAGCGUC